AUGGCCCAAGAAGUUCCUACUUUCAAAUUAGUUCUUGUUGGUGAUGGUGGUACUGGUAAAACCACCUUCGUCAAGAGACAUUUAACAGGUGAAUUUGAAAAGAAAUAUAUUGCCACCUUGGGUGUUGAAGUUCAUCCUUUGGGUUUCCACACCAACUUCGGUGAGUUGAAGUUUGAUGUUUGGGAUACUGCUGGUCAAGAGAAGUUUGGUGGUUUGAGAGACGGUUAUUACAUCAACGGUCAAUGUGGUAUCAUUAUGUUUGAUGUUACUUCAAGAAUCACUUACAAAAAUGUUCCAAACUGGCACAGAGACUUGGUGAGAGUUUGUGAAAACAUUCCAAUUGUAUUGUGUGGUAACAAAGUUGAUGUCAAAGAACGUAAAGUUAAAGCAAAGACCAUCACUUUCCAUAGAAAGAAAAACUUGCAAUACUAUGAUAUCUCAGCUAAAUCCAACUACAAUUUCGAAAAGCCAUUCUUGUGGUUGGCUAGAAAAUUGGUUGGAAACCCUCAAUUGGAGUUCGUUGCUUCUCCAGCUUUAGCUCCACCAGAAGUUCAAGUUGAUUCUGAUUUGAUGCAAAAAUAUCAACAAGAAAUGGAACAAGCUACUGCCUUGCCAUUGCCAGAUGAAGACGAUGCUGACUUGUAA